AUGGCUCCUAAAAAAGAUAAAGGCAAAAAGGAUGACGAAAAAGGCGGAGUGUUCAACGAAGUGGAAAGGACGUUUCUGGAACUUCAGCUUACUGACUGCAACCGGAAAGUAGCCAGACUGAGAAGCGCUGUGGAAGAGUAUGAGUUGCGGCUUGAAGAACUACAAAAAGCAUACGAUAAGUUGGAUGAAGAUAGAGCAGACAUAAUUGCAUAUUUAAAAAAGACGUUGACUAUCAAAAACGAAGAAAACGUGGAGUUGAAGGAAAAAGUUAAGGGUCUCGAGGAAAUAAGAGAGAUUGAAAAUGAACGUUUCCAAGAAACCACCAAACAGUUAGAAAAAGAUUUUGUUAUAAUGAAAGAGCAGCUGACUUCGGAAAAUAAACUCUGGCCGGAAUUCAAAGAUCAAGAAAUGAAAUAUAAAAGAAUAAUCUACAAUACUGAAAAGAAAUUCGUUAUUGGUAAGGACAAUUUGAAAAAAGAAAUGGAAGCCAGACUACUGCAGCUUGCUCAAGAUUUUCAAGACGCAACUGAGUUGAGAGUAGCAGCUUCUACUCAUAGAGUUAUCAGAGAAAACAUUGCUAUCAAUAAUGAACUAGAAAAUAUUUUAUCUACUCAAGCGAAGUUAGUAGAACAAAAUGAAAUUUUGAAAGAGUCUAUGAGAUCUGCGCAGGUUUCUAAAGAAUUAGCUGAAGAGGAAAGAAAUAAGGCAAUUGGCAAGAGUGUUGUUCAACUCAAGGUCAUUGAACAGUUAACAGCUGCGUUUGAAUCAGUCAAAAAAGAAAAAAGCUUAUUUGAAAAAAGAAGUUACGAUUUUGAAGCACAGCGGAUGAAAAUAGAAAGAUUGACUAAAGAAAAUGAUAAUCUUAGCCUUCAAGUCCGCGUUUUAGAACAAAACUUACACGCAAGAAUGAAUGACCAAAAUAAAGCUGUAGUGGAAGCUGCAAAAAUGUCAAAAGAGCGGGAAAAACUCAGAAAAGUUUUAAAAGAAGCGGCGGUUGCUAUUCGGGCAGCAUUGAAAUUAGAUGAAUGGGCUACUACGAACACGGCGCGAGAAGUUAUGGAUAGACGUGUACUACUAUCACAUUUACUUGAAAUAGUAUCACAAUUCCGUGAACUGGAGGACGCAGAGUCUGUGGGAACAAUAGGUUCGUUUAGUAAAAUUUAUGAAGAAGGUGACCUUGGCUUUGUGCCAAAGCCAAAGAAAAAGCAAGUAUUGGCAACACAACACACUAUUGCUUCAGCCAUUCCUACAAAAGAUACGUCUGAAGUUGAAGUUGAAAGCUCAGUUUUUGCAUCCUAUUCAACCUCUACUAUAACUGCUAGUGUCAACACUAUCCCCAGUAUUCAAAUAAUACCAACUAUUACGAAGAAAGAUUUGGGAACAAAGGACGAAGGAAGUGCCGAGUCUUUUGUUGUUUCAUCUGUGUCUGAAGAAGUAGGAGAAGAAGAAGAAGAAAAAAAUAAAGAAGAUGACAUAGAGAAACAAUUAGCUGAUAGUAAAGCUGCGAUGCAGAAAUCAUUUUUGAAAGACCUUUUCCUUUCUCAAGUUUCUCUGAAACGGCAGUCAGAGAUGAAAAUUGAUAUAAAGAGGAUAUCAAAAGUAGUUAGUACUCUUAGACUGCCACAAGAAGAAAAAGAUGACAUGACAGAAAUAUCGCUUACAUCUGAGGUUGAGAUUGAAAAAUCAGGUGCUGGGAAAGAUGAUACAGCGCCGUCUCCUGCCGUAACUGGAGAGAGUGGUACUGAUGAUGAUGAUCCGGAUAAACAAAUCAAAAGCCCUAUCGAUGAACAACAGUCAGUUAUCAUUCAACAGCCAGAACAAGAUGAACCUAAACAAUCAGAACAAGAUGAACCUAAACAAUCAGAACAAGAUGAACCUAAACAGUCAGAACAAGAUCAAGAACCAGAGACAAAAGAAGGAUCCGAUUAA